UGUUCUAUUCUGCAACAAUAGUCCACCAAUAGUCAGAUGGAUCAAGGGCCAGUGUCUCCUCAUGUCCUCAUCUUCCCCUUCCCGUCUCAAGGCCACGUCAACUCCAUGCUCAAACUCGCCGAACUUCUCUCCGUCGUCGGCCUCCACGUCACCUUCCUCAACUCCGACUAUAACCAACACCGCCUCUUCCUUCACACCGAUAUUCAGACCAGGUUCAGCCGCUAUCCCGGCUUCCGUUUCCAAACAAUAUCUGAUGGGCUUACCACGGACCAUCCACGUACCGGUGAGCGGGUGAUGGAUCUGUUUGAGGGAUUGAAAGCCACAGCAAAACCAAUUUUUAGGGAGCUAGUGAUUUCAAGGGGCCAGGGUUCUGAUACCCGCCCGCCGGUCAGCUGCAUCAUAGCAGAUGGGAUGAUGAGUUUUACCAUUGAUAUUGCUAAUGAAGUUGGAAUUCCCAUCAUUUCUUUCCGCACCGUUAGUGCUUGUUCCUUCUGGGCAUAUUUUUCUGCGCUCAAACUCAUUGAAUCUGGUGAACUUCCCCUCAAAGGUAACGAUAUGGAUCAGCUAGUAACCAGUAUUCCCGGCAUGGAGGGGUUUCUCCGAAAACGAGAUCUCCCGAGUCUUCUCCGAGUCAGCAACCUAGAUGACGAGGGUUUCCUACUUGUAACGAAGGAGACGCAACAAACUCCUCGAGCCCACGCGCUCAUACUUAAUACGUUUGAAGACUUAGAAGGACCUAUUCUCGGUCAAAUACGCAAUCACUGUCCAAAAACCUACACCAUUGGACCUCUCCACGCGCACUUGAAAACCAGGCUUGCUUCUGAAUCGACGACGUCACAGUCUUCAAACAGUUUCCGGCAAGAAGACAGAAGCUGCAUAGCGUGGCUUGAUCACCAGCCUUCAAAGUCUGUUAUCUAUGUAAGCUUCGGAAGCAUGGUAGUCAUCACAAGGAAGCAGCUCAUAGAGUUCUGUUACGGCUUGGUAAACAGCGGUAGCCGCUUCUUGUGGGUCAUACGGACGGACUCUCUUGCCGAAGAAGAUGGAGAGCAUCAGACUCCGGCGGAGCUCUUGGAAGGGGCAAAGGAAAGGAGUUACAUCGUGGAGUGGGCUCCACAAGAAGAGGUUCUAGCGCACCCGGCAGUAGGUGGGUUCCUCACCCACAGUGGGUGGAACUCGACUCUUGAGAGUAUAUGCGCGGGCGUCCCAAUGAUUUGCUGGCCAUACUUUGCAGACCAACAGAUCAACAGUAGGUUCGUAAGCCAUGUUUGGAAACUUGGUUCGGACAUGAAAGAUACUUGCGAUAGACUUAUUGUUGAGAAAAUGGUGAGAGAUAUGAUGGAAGAGAGGAAGGAUGAGCUUUUGAAAACGGCUGAGAUGAUGGCUACAAGGGCUAGAAAAUGUGUUAGUGAAGGUGGGUCCUCUUACGGUAACUUGAGCAGCUUGAUCGAGGAGAUAAGAUUGAUGGGCAGGCUUAGUUGAAAGUAUAUUUGGGUUUUCCAUGGAAAGCGAAGGCAAAAUAAUUUAAUUGGAAGCAUUCGGCAACUGAUUGGGCGAAGGGAGAAAGGAAUCUUGGGGUGGACUGGCGACGCGAGGAAGAGUUGAUAAAUUUCCCAAGACCGAGAAGUGGAUGCCUUUAGCUUUUCUCUUUUUCUUCUUUCUUUAAAUUAAAUGUUGUCCGAAUUCAAUUAGAUCCAAGCUCAAUAACAUCCACAAAACAACAACACAUGGACUCGUUCUUACAGGAACAAUUCUUGGGCUUUGACCCAAACUAAGUUCUUAGUGGAUGCUGCCAAGGCAGUAGCGAUGCCAUAAGCAAAAAGCAAGAGACCCAUUGUAUUAAGAGUGUAGUUCAGUACGUAACUCAAAAUUAUCUGCAGGGAAUUAGGUGAUAGCAGCUUAAUUUCUGCGCAGACCAAAGACAAUGUGGUCUUGCCCAAAGAGGUUUUAUAGAAGGGAUAACACAUUAGACAAUGUUUUUAUGUAUGGGAUUUUCUAAUUUUUACUUC